UUGGAUCAUGCUGUGAUCCUGGUCAAGGAAGAUGGCGGUUACAUGGAGCGUUACGUGGAAUCCCCGAUACAAAGUUUGAUCUCACUGUUCCAGGCUUCAAGUAAUGUAGAUACUCUCAGGUUGGAUUCUGAAACCAUCCAGAUACUGGAUGAUAUGUCCGACUUUCUGGAACAACAACCCUCUCCCUUCACGAGAUUGAAGUCCUUGAUCGUGAAGGCUGACAGUAUACCUUACGCACUGGCCAGUUACUUUCUUAAAGGGUCUUCUGGUGUGAAACCACGUAUUGAGUUUCCAUAG